GAACUGAACUGAUCAAUGACGUCCGGACUGAAAGUAAUCAAACAAGGGCAAGUGAAUAAACAACUCUCCAAGGAGGGACGGAAAGUCCACAUUGUCGCGACCUGUCGCAAAGAGAGAGUCCCCUACGUGUGGGACGCAAGAGAGACCGAGCGUCAAGAGCGAAGAGGAAACUGCUGCGUCUGGGACGUGGAGACCAGACCUGGAGAGUUCAACAUCGUACACCCAGUCAGUCACCUUGUACGGAUCAGAAACCUAUUCAAAAUGGGGGGAAAAUCAUCCAAGCCUAAGGUUACACAAUGCAACAGUUUCCCUUUCUUGGAAGACAGAAAUACCAUUGAAACAAUUAAAGAAGCUCACUCCUUCUUCAUUCUACGAGGCCUUCCAGGCAGCGGGAAGUCUACUAUUGCCAAAAAGAUCACAGAAAAGUAUUCGUCGAUUUCUGCCAUCGCUUCUGCGGAUGACUUGGGGAUCGCUCCCCUGGUGGAGGAAUCUGAGGCCGACGGCAGUAGGUACAACAAGUUGGACCAGCAAAUCCAGCAGUAUUUUGAAGAAGAUAGAAAGGUCAUCGUGGUUGAUGACACCCACCAUGAUUCGAACCGCCUGGACUAUCUCUUUGAUCUUGCCAGUGGCAAGGACUACAUUGUCUUCAUUGUUAACCCUGGGACGGAGAGGAGCAACAACCUCCCAUUAUUGGUGAAAUCCAGCCAAUGGAAGUUGUCUCUGGAGAAGCUGCAACUGCUGGAGCCAGCCUUGAAGAAGAGCGUUAUCCCAUUCUUCUUUGGCUGGUUCUUGGUGAAACAGGAUGCGGAGAAGCUGCGCAACAUUGCAAUGGAGUUCUUGGAUCAGCUCAGCAAAAAUGAGACAUUUCUGAAAGAGUUUGUAAAAUAUGUGAAAUGGGAUUCCAACGAGGACUUCAACCUGCAGGAGUAUUUCAAGAAGAAGCCCAGUGUGCUGCAUUGUACAACAAUGUUCUGCGACUAUGGAAAGGUUCCAAAUUCUGAAUCUUAUGCUAGGGCCAAGGUUGUUGAACAAUCCCUUUCGAAGGCCUUUGUCCUGAAGGUUUCGGCAUUGUUUAUCACACCCAGGACAGUGGGAGCCCGUGUUUUGCUGAACGAGCAACAGCAGCAGCUCUGGCCUGAGGUAAAAGAGCAUGAAGAUGCAGAUAGUUCUGGAGAUAAGAUUGAGCUGCCACAUAGCAGCAGAUCCCACAUCACACUGGCAUGUGCUCCUGGAGUGCAGGCAGUUCAGACUGGACUCGAUCUGCUCGAUAUUUUAAAGGCAGAGAAAACAAAAGCCGCCUCUGAAUGUCAAGUCACGUUGGAACAAGGUCAGCUUUGUUGCCUAGGUGAAGGGAGGUGGAUAGUCAACCUGUCCAACGCAAUUGAUGUGAACACCCUUUUCUCUGGGUUUUAUGCAAAAAAAACCACCAUUGAAUGAAAGGGAGUUUAAAAACGAACAAAUUUUAUUUGUGUCAUGAGACACAAAAACUUUUAAGUCAAAAUCUGUGUUACAUUUAAUGUAAUCUCUUCCAAACACAUUAAGAGCCUAUUUUUUAACCGUUGGGCUGGACUUCUCUAAUUUUUUUUUAUAAAAUUGUUUUUGAUCUGUAAUUGUAAUAUUCUGGUAGGUCAUAUGCUUUGCUUUAAGUGUGACCACAUGCCUGGUGUUUAAUUCUAAUGCAAAGAUCAAUUGGUGAUUUAACCAAGGCAAGGCUGCAUUUAUCAGCGAAUGAGUUCUGGGGGCUCCUCCAUGCAAGUUUAGGGGUUCAGGUGGAAGAGGGAGCAUGAGUUUGUCUAUUGUGGCAAUCUAGUCCUACAAAUCAGACAAGCUUUAUGUUAAAAUAAGAACUCUAUGCCCGUUUCCAAGAGAUGGAUAUAGUGUGGAUAUAUGGAUAUAGUUAAGCAUCUUACUGGGCUUUUUUUGUAAGUAUCCAGAAUCACAUUGCCUUUAUUGCUAUCUGGAAUUAAUGAUUCAAUAAAUGAAUUA